AUGGAAGAUCAUUCAAAUGAUGUUCUUACCUCUGUGAUGCACCUGCCCGAUGAUUGCCUUACUAUUAUUUUCCAAUGGCUUGACUCUAGUACUGAUCGUGAAUCAUUUGGGUUAACUUGCCGUCACUGGUGUAAUAUACAAAAUAUGAGCCGCCGGUCCUUACAAUUUCAAUCCUCAUUCACGCACAACCUUGCUUCAUCAUCUCAGACUAGCCUUCGUAUUGAUUCCUACCAUCUUCAUAAGCUGCUCACCCGUUUUCAGCAUUUGCACUACUUGUCACUUUCUGGUUGCACUGAGCUACCUGAUUUAGGCCUAACCCCAUUGCACUUGUAUGGUUCAAAGUUGCUCUCCCUUCAUCUUGAUUGCUGUUUUGGACUCACAGAUAAUGGACUUUCCCUGGUUGCUACUGGUUGCCCCUCUCUAAUGGUUAUUAAUCUUUCCCGAUGCAAUAUUACUGAUGUUGGGUUAGAAGCUCUAGCGAAUGGUUGCCCAGCUUUGAAGCAAAUAAAUCUUUCAUACUGUCCACUUGUUUCUGACUCUGGACUGAGAGCUCUUUCUCAAGCAUGCCAUCAGCUUCAAACGGUUAAGAUGUCUUGUUGCAGGGAAAUAAAUGGUAUUGGUCUUACAGGUUGUUCACCAACUUUAGCUUAUAUAGAUGCUGAGUCUUGUAACCUUGAAACAAAAGGGAUAAUGGGAAUUGUUAGUGGAGGUGGGCUUGAGUAUUUAAAUGUGUCUGGUAUAAGCUGUUCCAUUCAUGAAGAUGGUUUGGCAGCAAUUGGUUCAGGUUUUGCCACAAGGCUUAAAAUUCUCAACCUUCGGAUGUGCAGAACUGUUGGUGACCACUCCAUCAUGGCAAUAGCAAAGGGUUGCCCAUUGCUCCAAGAAUGGAAUUUGGCAUUAUGUCAUUCAGUCAUGAUUUCAGGAUGGAAGUCUAUAGGGUCCAAUUGCAAAAAAUUGGAGAAACUUCAUGUGAAUCGCUGCCGGAAUUUGUCUGAUCAUGGACUGCAGGCUCUGAGAGAAGGGUGCAAAAGGCUCUCAGUUUUAUAUAUUAGCAAGUGUUGUCGAUUAUCUUCUACUGCAAUAGAGUUGUUCAAGUUGUAUAGAGGUAACGUUGAGAUCAGGGAAGAAGAGAUCAUGUGUGUGGGACCUGACUGGACAAUUAGAUAAUGAUGUGUGAUACUUAAACCCCUCUAAACUGAUAUGAAAUACCCAUGAAUACCCUAUAAGAUGGAAAUUGUUUCCACAUACCUGAAAGCCAAUUAAGGAGCCAGAGUUUUCUCAGAGAAAAACAAAAUUUUGUUACAUAUUUCUACAUGUUUGGUUACGUUGAUGAAUGUUAACUGUUGGACAGGUUAAUUGACGGCAUUGAGAAUAUCAUUACAUGUAUUGUGGUAUGAAUUCUCGCCCGAGACAUCUCACCCUGGAACAGUGAAAAUCUUGGGGCUGCUUCAGAAGUCAUUGAGUGGAUGAUUGCUACUUUAUAUUGCACUGCUACAAUAAUUAUGCUCUGUUAAUUAGUUUGAUUCAUGGAAUAGUAAAUUAUUUUUGUGGAAUUUGUAUUUAUAAUUUAAAAAUACUUAUUUUAUAUACUAA